GCUCCUUGUAAUGGCGACCGUGCCGUAGAUGUGCCUAGGUUUGUGAAAAUGAAGCGAAGAAGAAGUUAUUUCUUUUAACUAAAACGCCGAGGUUCCCCGAAGGAGGACUUUGCGUCUACAACCAUCACCUUUUGAAGUGGUAAACUUAGCUGUACUUUUGAACUUUUGUGCCCUUUGAAAUGAUGAAGCUCAAGUCAAACCAAACCCGGACGUACGACGGGGAUGGGUACAAGAAGAGGGCCGCCUGUCUGUGCUUCAGGAGCGAAAGCGAGGAGGAGGUCUUGCUGGUUAGUAGUAGUCGGCAUCCUGACAAAUGGAUAGUUCCUGGAGGAGGAAUGGAGCCAGAGGAGGAACCCAAUGUUGCUGCAGCUCGAGAAGUGUGUGAAGAGGCUGGUGUAAAGGGGACUUUGGGUCGAUUAGUUGGUGUAUUUGAGAACCAGGAAAGGAAACAUAGAACCUACGUCUACGUUCUUAUCGUCACAGAGGUGCUGGAGGACUGGGAGGACUCGGUCAACAUUGGGAGAAAAAGGGAAUGGUUUAAAAUAGACGAUGCCAUACAAGUGUUGCAGUGUCACAAGCCUGUGCAGGCCACCUACUUCGAGGCUCUCCAGGAGAGUUGCCUGACGAGUAAUGGAACACCUUUGGUGGCUACGAUAGGUGGGGACCUGUCCCCUACCUACAGCAUCAAUCAGAGCUCUGUCUCGGGUAUCAGAUAACUAAAACCACAACCCUGACACCCCUGGAGCUUUUCGCCACCACUUGCGCUCUUACUUGUGUCAUUUUCUCUUUUUUCUUUCUUUUUUUUUUUUUUUCUUUUUGUCUCAAUAACAUGGUUUGCCUUGCCAACUCCUUUGUGCCAGAACUGUGGCACAGACUUGAUGACAAGUGUCGGGUGAAUAGUCUGAAACACUUUGUAAAUGUAAAUGUAAUUUUUGACCCCUCUUUUGUUUUUCUUUUUACUGACAACUGCAUGAAAUGUCCCCUUGCUCUCCUCAUCCUCUUUCCUUAACGCGCCCUUAGCGUGGUGUUUAUUGAAUGCAAGAACUACUUUUUACUGUUGUAAUGUAAAAGUGUAUACUUAGUGCUUAAGCUGAAGGCUUUUGGUGGUCUUUUUAAACGUUUCCUCCAUUUUUAUUUUUAUUUUUCUGUGAAUGAAUGUGCCCAUUUAGUGUACCCCCCUCCCCCUGUUAAUGCGGAUAGGAAAUGUCGUCUGUAUCUGAAUGAACAGAAUUGUGGGAAGUGACUUGUCUUUGCAUGAGCACUGUUUUGUUGUAUCUCACUCGCUCUGAGUGACCUGAUGCUGACCGUGCAACGGACAUGUGGUAAGGUUUGGAUUCUCUUCAUUUUGGUCCUUAUUGGGUUGGUGAUGUCGCUUUAAUAAGAAGGAUAUGGCCCCUCACUGAUCUUUCAAUUUCAAGUGUCAAGUUUGUUUCUCUCUUAUCGGGGAAGCUAAGCCAAGCACUACAAGUUACACUCUCCGAUGGAGCACAUUUACAGCAAAGAGAGUGAAAGAAUGUCAACCUACAAAAGUAAAACGAACCACCUUUCUCCUCAGUGUCUUUACCUUCUUUAAUCCCUUUUGUUUCCUUUUUUAAAUGCUUUUUUUGUGACUGACUACAAAGUCUUCCUCCACAUACUGAGAGGGUAGAAAUAGUAAACUUCAAAAUCAUAGACUUGUAAUUUCAGAUUCAAUACAUAUCACUUAAGUUAUUAAAACCCAUUUUCAUAUUUUACUCCUCACAUUCAGUUUGGUUUAAAAGCAUUUGUUUACAUUGUGUUCGUACAUAGCACUUUUUCAUUACAGUCAUGAUUUUUUUUUUUUAACCCUUCCUUUAGUAUUUAAUCUGCAUCCCCAAAAACACUCUAAACACCUGCUUGACAUUGAAAGUAAUGGAAUCUAUAAUGCUGUCUUUGGCAAGAUGCAGAACAAACAAGCCUUGUACAGUUUGAGACCUCAUUUUUAACAUGUAAAAUGCUUUUGGAUACUAGUUUAUGUUCUUUUUUGUUGUUUUCUCUCUCUAACGUCUGGCAAAAGUCUCUUUAGCCAAGCUGCGUCACUCGGCCCCGAUGUGGUGAGAGGCAGCAGGCUCAAUACUGUGAAACUGGAGGCGCUGUAGAUAGCAUGUUAGAGGUUUUUAUUGUAAAUUGUUUAUUUCUGUAUAGAUCAAAGGUGAGAGUACAAAUGACAAAACACCUCUUACACAUCUGUAGUCGUACGUCAUUUCAACUGAGGCUGAACUGAUUGACCUCAAAGUGUAGGCUCUGGAGCGUUUCUCUUGAGAUAGUAUGCAGUACAUCUGAGGCUAAAGAACAAGCAUUGUGGCUGUAGGUGACGCUGAAGAGCCUAAUAUUCAUUAUUCUACAAGUCCUUUUAUUUAUGCUGUUUAUUUCCAAAUUCUUAACAAAUAUUAAAUUUCUUUCUCAGCUUUAGCUGAGCUUUAAAAUGAAACAACCUUGUCAGCAACAGAGACUUGGUCUAGAAGUAAAGCAGAGCCAGCAUCCUUUAGCUGUGCUUCUCUCCUCAGCUUGAUUCCCAUGAAGAGUUUUUAUUAGCUUAUAGAAAGUCAUGACACUGUACGUUCUGUCCAUAUGUUAACUAAGAAGCAACAAAAAAUUGACAUAUAAUUUAAAUAUUCUAAAAACAAAACAUUCUAAAAGUACCCCAUAUUUGCAUUUUUAAAAAAAAAUCAAAUCUGGUAUUAAACAAGAUUUUCAUACGGCAAAUUUGCAGUUUAUUUCGCAUGAAUCAUAAUCUGAAACUAACCAUUUUAGGUCAAUUUUGUCUCUUAAAGUAGUGGCCUAUGUCUAAUAUUUAAUCUUGUUUCCUGUUUUUUUAAUCAUCGCAAAGUCCAAUAAUCCCUCUGUUGUUGUCCCUACUAGUCGCAAAUCAUUUAAGUACAACAGUCAUUCCUGUAAGCUUAAAUCUCCACCAUUACUUUUAAUCCAUUCUUUAGCCACAGUUUCAGCUGUUAUAUAUCCAUAUUUGCUCAUCUGUUCGGCUAAGUUUUGCUCCAAAGCAAUAGCUAAUUUUUGAAAACUAUAUAACUGUCCAGGAAUAUACAAAUACCAAAAAAAAAAAAAAAAAAUCAGAUAUUGGUGCUGAUGUGAGGGAUAGGUACUCAAAGUCUUAAAACACUGCAGUUUCUGUACUCUGUAUCAUUUUACACUAUCGUGUUUUCCUCUAUGCAAGUAGAACAAAAAAGAUGGCGCCAUGCCUGCAGUUAAAUAUCUGAACAUAAAUGAGGAUGGUAACAGCAGAGCUGAUUGCAAACUACAUGGCUUAAUUAUCAAGAAGAGGGGUGAGACACAUCUAAUGAAAAAACAACUUUCAAUUUAACUUUGAUAACUAUAAAGACAUUAUCAAUUAGUCAGAUAUGUACUUGGUAUGGUUGAGUGCUCAAAUCUAAGUUCUAGUGCUUGGUCUGUAAAAAUCUGGCAUCCAUGCAUCCCUUUAGUUGUUACUUUAAGUUGGUUAAAGUAGAUACUAACUUAAAGUAGCUGGUGUUCAGGAACAUUAUGUUGCCACCUGUGGUUUUUGUUUUCCAAUAUUCAUUUUACAUUUCACUCAUUUUUUUUCUUUUAGUAAAACAUCUUUACAAUAAUCACUUUUUAAUGUAUUUUGCUUUAAAGUGCAAGUACAGUGGGCAAAUGUCCAAUACUGCCUUUUGUAAAGCAAGAUUUCUGAUAUCCAAUUCUUUUGCAGUUAAAAGCAACACAAUGUCCACAGUCUUAUUUUUUUGUUACAGAUAGCUAAGACCUGUGGGAUCUGUAGUUUUGAAUGCUGACUGUGAUUUAAAACUGUUUUAAUUUUGGUCAGAUGAGACUACUUAAAGAAACUGGCCACUAUUAUAGUGUUUUUUUCUUUCAAAAUAGACAGAAAAUGACAGUGUCAUGAUUUAGUUAUUCACAGAACAUUAAAGCGCAAGUCUUCAUGGGAAGUUAUGCUGAGGUCUGAGAGCUACUGGAUCAAAUGCUGACUUAGGAAAGCAGCAGGAAAUCUCUCCAUGUUGACAGCAGUUGUCUUAAUUGUUUAUUUUUUGCCCAUUAUUUUAAAGGGUAUUUAAACUCUGCCAGCAGGUCAGACUGUAGACAACCUCUUUAUAUCGCCCUCUUUAAAAUCCCUGAAUGAAAACAUUUUCUUACUGAAUGACAACUGUUGAUGUGAAAAGGGUCUAAAGUCUUCCUAAGACUUUAUUGCGCUGUAUCCCAGAGGUGUGGUGGUCAAAGUCUGUCUUUAUGAUGGCACCUCACAGUGUUUUCAUGUCAAUUUACUCUUUUAAGUCUUUAUUGACAGGUAUAAAUAAUGUUAAGAUUAAAUGGUUAACAUGUAUAUGGCUUAUAAAAAUCUAAAAAUAUCCCUCAAGUUAAUAAUUAGUGAUGAAUUUGUCUGCUCUUGACGGUUUGAUGCCAUGCUGGGUACUGUCAAAAUGAAUGUGAGGAGGAUUUCUACAAGUAACCGCCAGUGACUAAAUCAUUAAUGACCACUUGUUCUUUAUCCAUAGUUUUCUUUUUUGUUUUUUUUUUUAAAUCCAUUGUGUUAUUGACAGGCUAAUGUCAUGUAUAUAGCUAACACAGCACCCUUACAGCCAGAGGAUGCUCUUUGGCUUUGGUCUGAGAAACAUGAGUCUUUUUUUCUUAUAAAACAAAUCCCUUAAAAUUUAAAAUUCAGGCAGCUUCUGGUAUAAAUAAUGGGAGUUAUAAUGGCGCAUAUAACCCUUUCUUAAAGAGAUUACUGCUGUCACAAUAGGCCCUUUUGUAAAUUAGAUCUAGGAUUAAAAACUGAGAGGAAAUUUACCAAAAGAAAAAUGUAGAGCCAUGAAAUAAUUUCUUUGAUUUACCAAAGGGGAUUGUUAAGAUACAAAUUGCCCCAUCUUGUGGCCAAAGCUGAAAUAUUAAAAGCACAUCACUUUGCCGCUGAGGAUUGUAACAUUCAGUUUCCUUUGGCAUGGUCGGCAACUGAAUGACUUUAUUGAUUAUAAAAGAAUAAUAAACUGUUGAAAAAGCUGUAAAAGAUGACCCCAAAUACUUUCAAUUAAGUAACAAAGUCAACAAAUGUGCACUUCUAGCCGUUGACCUCAGCCUUGAAGUUACAUACGUGUGUUCUUUGAGGAGUUUGUGUCACUGGACUUUUCUUUUCCUCUUUUGUCAUUUGGGACUGUGGAAUAAAACCAGUGCGAGAAGACUGAAGAUUGUAAUAUAAAUGUGCCAACAAAUAAACACCAGUAUUUCA